CCGUCCUAGGUGAUUGCGUCACGCAUAAUCAUCACGCCGAAGUCGCCAUAGUUCGACACACACAGUCUCGCGACGUACCCGAUCUGGCAGCAUCAUGUGGUCUCUUCUGGUCGCCGGUCUCAUCUUCACCGUCGUCGCUCCUUCUGCGAGUCAGCGGCACAACAAUGGACUCGACGAGCAGAAAAUCACCCAAGACCUGCUUGACCUGAAGCUCCUGGGGCUCCGGCUGGAAACUAAGCUGACCAUUCUGGAAAGUCUCGUGAGCCGCGUGGCCUCCACCAGUGUGCCCAGCAGUCAGUGUCCCACCACGCCACAAACGGAGACAGAGGUGGCCACCAGCGAUACUCAGCAACGCAUCCUGCGUUCCCAGCAAGCCAUCAUCGACAUCAGCAAUCGUAACGCUCAGCACCUGGAAGACCUCAGAAACGUGGUUCUUACGCAGACGUCUCACCUGGCCAACCGAUCAGAUCUCAUGAUCGGUCUCAUCAAGUCAGAGCUUGUCUACCGUCGUCCCCAAGUGACGGAGUCAGCGGAGACGACCUCGUCACGUCGCCAUAACUCACCGGUCGACAGACAUAACCUGGUUCGAUAGGUUAGGAGACAUUUUGGGUGGCAUGUCCCCCACAACAACAACCGGUACAAGUUCUACGUCACUGUUCCUACUUGGCCACGACCACAAAAUGCAUGGAUGUACCUGAGUGACAGUUCGGAAACAAAUUAAAAGAACGUUAUAUUCGAA